AUGGCCCAGCGCGCUUCGCUCGCGGCCGCUGCCGGCCUGGCGGCCGCCGCCUGCCUGCAGCCAGGCCCGUCCUUCGUGUCCUCGCAGGGCGCCUCCAGCGCGGCCACCGAGGAGCUGCUCCAGGCGUCCCCCGCGCAGGCCCCUGCCCUCCGCGGGGCCACGCGCGCCCAGCCCGGCCCCUCGGGGGGAGCGGCGGCCCUGGCAGCGCCGGCGGCCGGCGCCGCCCUCGCCGCGGCCGUGGGGUCCAGACGCCGCGGUCGCGCCAACAAGUUGGCGGCUGGCCAGGCCGCGUCCGUCGUCCCGGUCCGCGAGCCACGCGGCAGCGUGGCCCGCCGCGCCCUGGACCAGUCGAGCCGCUACGCGGACCUCUCGCUGACGGAGGAGGACCUGAUCAAGAACGGCCAGCACGUGCUGGUGGCCUACAUCAUGAAGCCCAAGGCGGGUUACGACUACCUGGCCACGGCGGCGCACUUCGCGGCGGAGUCUUCCACCGGCACCAACGUGAACGUGUGCACCACUGAUGACUUCACCAAGACUGUGGACGCACUCGUUUACUACAUUGACCCGGAGAACGAGGAGAUGAAGAUCGCCUACCCGACGGCCUUGUUCGACCGCAACAUCACCGAUGGCCGCGCAAUGAUGUGUUCAGUGCUGACUCUCAGCAUCGGGAACAACCAGGGUAUGGGUGACGUCGACUACGGCAAGAUCUAUGAUAUCUACUUCCCGCCGCAGUACCUGCGCCUGUUCGACGGGCCGUCGUGCUGCGUGAUCGACAUGUGGCGCAUCCUGGGCCGCGGCACGGUCGGCGGUGGCCUGGUGGUUGGCACCAUCAUUAAGCCCAAGCUCGGCUUGCAGCCGAAGCCCUUCGGCCAGGCGUGCUAUGGCUUCUGGCAGGGCGGCGACUUCAUCAAGAACGAUGAGCCGCAGGGCAACCAGACGUUUUGCCAAAUGAAUGAAUGCAUCCCCGAAGUCGUAAAGGCCAUGCGCGCGGCCCAGGAGGAAACGGGCCAGGGCAAGCUGUUCUCCGCCAACAUUACGGCGGACGACCCGAACGAGAUGAUCGCGCGUGCCAAGUACAUCCUGAAUCAGAUGGGUCCGAUGGCGGAGAAUUGCGCAUUUUUGGUCGACGGGUACGUGGCAGGCGGCACUGCGGUGACCGUUGCGCGCCGCAACUUCCCGAAGCAGUUUCUGCAUUACCACCGCGCCGGCCACGGCGCAGUGACCAGCCCUCAGACGCAGCGUGGGUACACCGCCUUCGUGCACACCAAGCUGUCGCGCGUCAUCGGUGCCAGCGGCAUCCACACGGGCACGAUGAGCUUCGGCAAGAUGGAGGGCGAUGCUUCGGACAAGAACAUCGGCUUCAUGCUGCAGGACGACGUCGCUGACGGCCCGUACUACCGGCAGGAGUGGGAGGGCAUGAAGCAGACCACCCCGAUCAUCUCGGGUGGCAUGAACGCCCUGCGGCUGCCUGCGUUCUUCGAGAACCUGGGGCACUCGAACGUGAUCCUGACGGCGGGUGGUGGGGCUUUCGGGCACAAGGACGGGCCGAAGCAGGGCGCGAUCUCGUGCGCCCAGGGCGAGGAGUCGUGGAAGUUGUGGAAGGCAGGCACCUACGGCGACGUGAGCCUGUCGGACGGUGUCGUGGAGUACGCGAAGACGCACGAGGAGCUCAAGGGCGCAUUCUUGACGUUCCAGAAGGAUGCGGACCAGAUCUACCCUGGCUGGAAGGAGAAGCUCGGCUACACAGGCGAGUCCUCCGUCCAGGCCGCCAGCUUCAACUGGCAGAAGAAGGAUUUGGCCGCCGCGUUCGUUGGCGCCAGCACGACUCGCAAAGCGAGCUCCGUGGCCCGCCGCGCCUUGGACCAGUCGAGCCGCUACGCGGACCUCUCGCUGACGGAGGAGGACCUGAUCAAGAAUGGCCAGCACGUGCUGGUGGCCUACAUCAUGAAGCCCAAGGCGGGUUACGACUACCUGGCCACGGCGGCGCACUUCGCGGCGGAGUCUUCCACCGGCACCAACGUGAACGUGUGCACCACUGAUGACUUCACCAAGACUGUGGACGCACUCGUUUACUACAUUGACCCGGAGAACGAAGAGAUGAAGAUCGCCUACCCGACGGCCUUGUUCGACCGCAAUAUCACCGAUGGCCGCGCAAUGAUGUGUUCAGUGCUGACUCUCAGCAUCGGGAACAACCAGGGUAUGGGUGACGUCGACUACGGCAAGAUCUAUGACAUCUACUUCCCGCCGCAGUACCUGCGCCUGUUCGACGGGCCGUCGUGCUGCGUGAUCGACAUGUGGCGCAUCCUGGGCCGCGGCACGGUCGGCGGUGGCCUGGUGGUCGGCACCAUCAUUAAGCCCAAGCUCGGCUUGCAGCCGAAGCCCUUCGGCCAGGCGUGCUAUGGCUUCUGGCAGGGCGGCGACUUCAUCAAGAACGAUGAACCGCAGGGCAACCAGACGUUUUGCCAAAUGAACGAAUGCAUCCCCGAGGUCGUAAAGGCCAUGCGCGCGGCCCAGGAGGAAACGGGCCAGGGCAAGCUGUUCUCUGCCAACAUUACGGCGGACGACCCGAACGAGAUGAUCGCGCGUGCCAAGUACAUCCUGAAUCAGAUGGGUCCGAUGGCGGAGAAUUGCGCAUUUUUGGUAGACGGAUACGUGGCAGGCGGCACUGCGGUGACCGUUGCGCGCCGCAACUUCCCGAAGCAGUUUCUGCAUUACCACCGCGCCGGCCACGGCGCAGUGACCAGCCCUCAGACGCAGCGUGGGUACACCGCCUUCGUGCACACCAAGCUGUCGCGCGUCAUCGGUGCCAGCGGCAUCCACACGGGCACGAUGAGCUUCGGCAAGAUGGAGUGGGAGGGUAUGAAGCAGACCACCCCGAUCAUCUCGGGUGGCAUGAACGCCCUGCGGCUGCCUGCGUUCUUCGAGAACCUGGGGCACUCGAACGUGAUCCUGACGGCGGGUGGUGGGGCUUUCGGGCACAAGGACGGGCCGAAGCAGGGCGCGAUCUCGUGCGCCCAGGGCGAGGAGUCGUGGAAGUUGUGGAAGGCAGGCACCUACGGCGACGUGAGCCUGUCGGACGGUGUCGUGGAGUACGCGAAGACGCACGAGGAGCUCAAGGGCGCAUUCUUGACGUUCCAGAAGGAUGCGGACCAGAUCUACCCUGGCUGGAAGGAGAAGCUCGGCUACACAGGCGAGUCCUCCGUCCAGGCCGCCAGCUUCAACUGGCAGAAGAAGGAUUUGGCCGCCGCGUUCGUUGGCGCCAGCACGACUCGCAAAGCGAGCUCCGUGGCCCGCCGUGCCUUGGACCAGUCGAGCCGCUACGCGGACCUCUCGCUGACGGAGGAGGACCUGAUCAAGAACGGCCAGCACGUGCUGGUGGCCUACAUCAUGAAGCCCAAGGCGGGUUACGACUACCUGGCCACGGCGGCGCACUUCGCGGCGGAGUCUUCCACCGGCACGAACGUGAACGUGUGCACCACUGAUGACUUCACCAAGACUGUGGACGCACUCGUUUACUACAUUGACCCGGAGAACGAAGAGAUGAAGAUCGCCUACCCGACGGCCUUGUUCGACCGCAACAUCACCGAUGGCCGCGCAAUGAUGUGUUCAGUGCUGACUCUCAGCAUCGGGAACAACCAGGGUAUGGGUGACGUCGACUACGGCAAGAUCUAUGACAUCUACUUCCCGCCGCAGUACCUGCGCCUGUUCGACGGGCCGUCGUGCUGCGUGAUCGACAUGUGGCGCAUCCUGGGCCGCGGCACGGUUGGCGGUGGCCUGGUGGUCGGCACCAUCAUUAAGCCCAAGCUCGGUUUGCAGCCGAAGCCCUUCGGCCAGGCGUGCUAUGGCUUCUGGCAGGGCGGCGACUUCAUCAAGAACGACGAGCCGCAGGGAAACCAGACGUUUUGCCAAAUGAACGAAUGCAUCCCCGAAGUCGUAAAGGCCAUGCGCGCGGCCCAGGAGGAAACGGGCCAGGGCAAGUUGUUCUCUGCCAACAUUACGGCGGACGACCCGAACGAGAUGAUCGCGCGUGCCAAGUACAUCCUGAAUCAGAUGGGCCCGAUGGCGGAGAAUUGCGCAUUUUUGGUAGACGGAUACGUGGCAGGCGGCACUGCGGUGACCGUUGCGCGCCGCAACUUCCCGAAGCAGUUUCUGCAUUACCACCGCGCCGGCCACGGCGCAGUGACCAGCCCUCAGACGCAGCGUGGGUACACCGCCUUCGUGCACACCAAGCUGUCGCGCGUCAUCGGUGCCAGCGGCAUCCACACGGGCACGAUGAGCUUCGGCAAGAUGGAGGGCGAUGCUUCGGACAAGAACAUCGGCUUCAUGCUGCAGGACGACGUCGCCGAUGGCCCGUACUACCGCCAGGAGUGGGAGGGUAUGAAGCAGACCACCCCGAUCAUCUCGGGUGGCAUGAACGCCCUGCGGCUGCCUGCGUUCUUCGAGAACCUGGGGCACUCGAACGUGAUCCUGACGGCGGGUGGUGGGGCUUUCGGGCACAAGGACGGGCCGAAGCAGGGCGCGAUCUCGUGCGCCCAGGGCGAGGAGUCGUGGAAGUUGUGGAAGGCAGGCACCUACGGCGACGUGAGCCUGUCGGACGGUGUCGUGGAGUACGCGAAGACGCACGAGGAGCUCAAGGGCGCAUUCUUGACGUUCCAGAAAGAUGCGGACCAGAUCUACCCUGGCUGGAAGGAGAAGCUCGGCUACACAGGCGAGUCCUCCGUCCAGGCCGCCAGCUUCAACUGGCAGAAGAAGGAGUUGAGCUAG